AUGGGGCCCCCGGGCAAUAGGGGAUCAUGGGGCCCCUGUGUCCAUGCCCAAACUCAAAAAAAACCCUAUGAAAAAGGUACCAGGGGCAUCUCAUGGGGCCCCCUACUGACCCCCGGGCCCUCAGGCAGUGCCCGAGUUUCCAAAUGGUCAGUCCGCCCCUGGUACUCAGAGUUCAGCUUGAGAGUUAUAGAUUUAAUAACUACUUUUACAUAAGAUUGUUUUUUGUAAAUGCUUAUUUUUUUUAUAUAUAUAACAAACAGAUUUACAUUUAGUUAAUUGCUCUGUGCAAUAGAAUAGCACAGAGCGGCCCUGAACCUUUCCUUCUUGGGUCUU